AUUGCAGAAACCCUAGCCUGGUUGCAGCGGCAGCAGAAGAGCCAAGAAGAAGAAGAUGAAGUUCAACCCCAGAGUCUCCAGCAGCAGGCGAAAGAGCCGCAAGGCUCAUUUCACCGCCCCAUCGAGCGUCCGCCGCGUCCUCAUGAGCGCGCCGCUCUCCGCCGACCUGCGCUCGAAGUACAACGUGCGCUCAGUUCCGGUGAGGAAGGAGGACGAGGUCCAGGUGGUGCGUGGAACCUACAAGGGAAGAGAAGGGAAGGUGACUCAGGUGUACAGGCGCAAAUGGGUGAUCCACAUCGAGCGCAUCACUCGUGAGAAGGUGAACGGCUCCACUGUCAACGUUGGUAUCCAUCCUUCCAAGGUGGUGGUCACCAAGCUCAGGCUCGAUAAGGAUCGCAAGGCGCUUCUCGACCGCAAGGCUAAGGGACGUGCCGCUGCUGAUAAGGAGAAGGGUACCAAGUUUGCUCCUGAGGAUAUCAUGCAAACUGUUGAUUAGUGUUGUUGUUCUUUGAAUUUGAUAUUAGAAAACUAUCUAUAUGCUCUUUUUGGAUCGAAGCUAUUUGUUAUGGAUUAUUAUCUUUUGCUUUAAUGUUAAAUCAAACCUUUUGAUA